ACGGGAGAGUCUGUGCGGGCCGGGCCGGGCCGGUCCGUGGGGAAGCGAUGGAGGGGUUCCCCUGGGGCGAGGGUCCCAGCGACCGGCUGUGCUGCGCCGCAGCCCGCGGAGACAGAGAGGAGGUGCGGAGGCUGCUGGAGGCGAGAGUGGAUCCCAAUGGGACCAACUCCUUCGGGAGGACCCCGCUCCAGGUGAUGAUGCUGGGCAGCCCCCGCGUGGCCGAGCUGCUGCUGCAGCGCGGGGCCGAUCCCAACCGCCCCGACCCCCGCACAGGCUGCCUCCCGGUGCACGAUGCGGCCCGCACCGGCUUCCUGGAGACGCUGGCUGUCCUGCACCGGGCCGGGGCUCGUCUCGACCUGCCCGACGGCCGUGGCCGCCUCCCCCUCGACGUGGCGGCGGGGGGCCCGCACGGGCCGGUGGGCCGGUACCUGCGGCAGCCCCCGCCCCUCCCCGCCGCCCCACCACGGGCAGCCGGGCCUCCCGCGGAGGGUGAUGGGUGCUGACCCGACCUCGCCUCCCCCAGCCCCGGCCGCUGCCCGCCGCCCGCCCGCCGCAGGUCCCGCAGUCCCGGCCGCGGCCGCCUCU